GUAAACCACUACAUCGUCUAUCAGAAUUCAUAAUCAUGCUUGAAGAAAAAGCAAAUAAAAGUAAUAAAUAUUGUGUUUGUAAAGAAUGUAUAUCAGGUUCUUCAUAUGCAAAGGCAGAAAAAAAUAAAUUUGCAAAUACACAAGAACUUGUUCAUCAUCACCUAAAAAAUUGUAUUUAUUUUAAGCAAAAAUACAAUGAAUCAGAGCAAGCAGAAAUUUUGAGCAAAUCUGUUUCAGUAGCUAAUAACCCUGAACAAGAAAAUUCUGAUGAUAAUUCUGAGGCUUCUUCAUCAAAAAAAUUAUCUGAGGCUUCUUCAUCAAAAAACUCAAUGGCUAGUAUUAGAAAAAAUACACUUGAUCAUUAUUGUUUCUGGCCUCUAAAUGAAGAACAACAAAAACAUUUUGAACAACUUAUACUUAAAGCAACUGUAUCAUGCGAAAUAGCACAAAAUGAUAAAGAUAGGGUUACAUUAGCAUACAAUGGCUGGAAAAAUAUUAAAAAGGAAUUGAUUUUUGGAAGUAUUUUAGUUACCUCUAUGGGCAGAGUUCUUGUUUGGAAUGUGGAGGAUAUAUCAAAUGAACAUACAAAAUGGUUUGAUGUGCAGUGUCGAACUGAAAAUAUGCUUAGUGAUCUAAAAAAAGAAAAAAUUAAAGUUAAUGCUAUUGUAACAGAUUGUGUACCUGAAUAUAAAGCAGCUAGUCACUACUUAUGUUUUGCAAGUAUUAUUAAAUCUCAUGCUGCUCUUAAAAAUUUAGCCACAAAAAUUAAAGAAGGAAAUGAUGAUAGUCUUAAAGAUUUUUCCAAAAGUAUUCUUUUAAAUAUUUCAAAUAAUGAAUGGUGGAAAAAUCUUAUGCAGUUAAAGGUUCUUCUUGAACCAUAUAUGGCAUUCUUAAAUAAACUUCAACAUGAUAAAGGUCAUCUUACUGAAGUUCUACAUAGUUUCGGAUGGGUGUAUCAAAUAAUUAAAGGUAUUUCAAAUGAAACGCUUAAAGAUUAUUUAAUAACAAAAUUAGAAAAGCGAUAG